AUGGUAUCCUUUGUACGUGGAAUAGGUAAGGGUCACACUGCACUAGAAAUCUUUUCAAAACAUUUGAACUCACCACCUCCAAUGACUGCUGCCAACUACGGCAAGCUGUUCAAGUGGCAACAUGCUGCUUCUAAGGCUGUUGCUACUGAAUCAAUGAAGGCUACUGAAUCAAUGAAGGCUGCUGCCCAAGAUGUGUUGAAGGAGGGAAGGGACUGUGCAGUCUCAUUUGAUGGUACACAUCCUCGUCCCCAGGCCCAAGCUCGGGCGGCCCUCACAGUGGCCCUGGUUCAGGCUGUUGAUCUGCGUCGGAAAUCCGACGCAGAGGCUUGGUCACACAGCAUAUGUAUUUCUCCCUAAAAACAUGGCGACCGCAAUGAAUGCAACUGUACGAGGAAGGCAGAAACAAUAUAUUUUGCACUUGCGAAAACAAAUAAUACUCAAUUAAGUUAAAGGAAAAGCAGAAAGAAGAUAUUCGUAAAAUAGUAAAUGCAAUGGAUGUUAAAUCGUCGAUAUAUUCCAACUUUUACCGUCCAUGUUCGACUACAUUAAUUCGAGAAAAAGAAAUAUUUCUGCUGUGUUGCCAGUCAUGCCAGAAACAAUUGUAAUCGUGAUUUUCCUGUUAAAUGCACUGGUGGGCGACCAAAUAUAGACAAGCUAAAAACUCACAUGGGUGUUAAGGCAGUUGUUUUACGCCAUGAUCAAGAAAUGAAAGGUGUGUAUUAACUAUUAAAAAUACUUCAUUUUGUUAUUUUUGUAUUUAAUACAGUACAUAAUAUGUAUAGACGGUAAAUAGACCCGUUGCCUGAAAGCCAACUGGUUGGAACGUUUAUUGAAAAUAUAAUUAGCAUCAAGCAAUUACUAUUAAGUGUACUUGCCAUGUUGGGGUCUUGGGGAAAUCAGGAUUUUUCUGUUAUCAGCAGCUAUCAAAAUGGUAUGCAUUAUUAAAUAAAUUUAUUUGUCUUUUUAUAGCUUAUGUAUCAAAGUAUGGAUGUAAGGCCUCAGAGGUUUGCCAACACAUGAGAACAAAAACAACACUGUAAAGUGUUGCAAAGUGCAGAAAGGCAAACAAGAACAAUAGUCAAAAACAGAAACACCAGGCGUACACAGGAUUUUUUCACCAGAGGGGCAGUAAGGCCUAUAUGCCGAAAAAGUCCCAAAUAUCCAAAGAAUAAUUAACAAUGACAUUCUAAAAAUCGUAAUUUGUUUUCUCUGGGGGGAGUGGCCCCCGCCCCCGGUUGUGUACGUCCCUGAGUGCGCCCUACUUAUUUUUUUACUUGUCUAACACCAGACGAUUUAACUCGUCAAUGGGGAUAGCAUGUGAAGCUUUGCAACUUAAUGGGUUAACCAAAAAAUCUGCCAUUGUCUGCAGUUAACCCAUUGAGCUGCAAUGUGCCCUAGUGUGCACUUUUUAUUUUUUACUUGUCUAAGGGAGCGGUCAUUAUUUCUGGUGGGGGUGGCACCAAACAGAAAAGCGUUGGGUGAACAAAAUUUUGAGUGAGUAAAAGGUUGAGUAAAUGAAAAAGAAAACUCAUGGGUUGGGUGAUAAAAAUUUAUUGUCAUUUCCAAAGCAAAUAUUGGAGACUGAGAAGCAACAGUCAUCAAUGUGGCAAUAUGUCAAAUAUGGCAAGAUGUCAACAGUCAUAUGUCAAUACAAUAUGUGAAUCAAUCAGAGACACUAUAUCUUGAUAAUUUCCCCAUUUGUUGGGAGGCAAAUGGUGUCUCCAAAGAAAGUACAUGUGCAGACAACAUGAAACUUUAGACUGCAGAAAAUAUCACAAGCUGUUAUCAAACUCAUGUCACAGAAGUGGUAAAGGACAUGUGUGAAACUGAAUUGUAACCAUUUGUAACAUUUUUGGCAAGGGGUGGGUAUUUAUUUUUUAAUUGAUAUUUGAGGUUGAGUAAUCAUUUUUUUUUUUUACUUUUUAAUGGUUGGGUCAGCAAAAUUUUUGCCACAAAAAACAUUUCUCUUCGGUGCCACCCCCCUCCCCUUGACUUGUUAUUAAACCAUAAGUGAAAACUAUAAUUGAUCUGUAAUGUUUAGUAUAACCAAUUUCUCGUAUAGAUAUUUAUAUUAAUUUGUAAUAUUAGUAUUUAUUAAUAUUUAUAUAUAUAUAUAUUUUUUUUGCAUUAAAAAAUUAAGAGUGAUGAACAACAUUGUGUGUCAUUUACUAUUCCUAUAGGAAAUUAGGAUAAAUUUCCUAUAGAAAUUCCUGUAAGAUGAUAUGUCAUACUGCAAAACCAGAACAGUCAAAGUGAUGUACUUUCCAGAAGGGUGUAUUUAUUAAUAAAAUGUUUCAGUGGCAGUGUUAAAUUAAACAAACUUUAGCAACAGGUAGCUAAAAUGCUUCUUAUGGUGAAAUAAGCUUAGACUUGACACAUAACUGGUUAAAUUACUUAAAUAUAAUCAUGAAUUGUUACUGAUUGUAUUCUAGUUUGGAUAAAUUUAUUCAAUAGUUUGGAUAAUUUAAUUCCAUCUACAAAAUCCCUUCAACAUUUUGUGUGUGAAAAGCCAGCUUUUCACCUUGGGUAUUAAACAAUCGAGCUUGGGGUUCUCCAACAACACUGGUUCCAUUGUGAACUGUGCAUUGUGAUUGUGCAAACAGAACAAAAUGCUUCCAUUAACUUUGUGUAUCAAGUACUUGAUAUAAAAUACUAAAUUUUCGUAGAUUACAUUCUAAAUUAGACUCUUCAAAUUGUCAAAUACAAUGUAUAAAAUUGCGUUGAUGCAAACAGAUAGGUGGAGGGCGACAAUUUACACAAUAAUCUUGCAACAUAUGCGUACACAAUAUAUAUUAAUUUCCAUAGUCGUGAAUGUGACUGAUAUCCGAGUCUUGAACUUCAUCAUUCAAUUCGUUUCAAAUGUAUUUAAUCCUUCAAAUAUCCAUGUAGUUGGUUUCCAGCAGUCUUGAAUUUGUCCAUAUCAUAGUUUAAGCAAAAAUUUACAUGUAAAUAUCUGAUUUCUACCAUAAUUUAAUACCAGUUUAUAAUAAUUGCCACUCUUCGCGCCAGCCAUUGUUUAUUGUUAACCUGCAUUUCCUUCCCACCUGCAACAUUCCUUUAGAGCAAAAGAGCCAAUCACAAUCAACUGCUCAACAGCCUGAACCAGGGCCACUGUGAGGGCCGCCCGAGAUUGGGCCUGGGGACGAGGAUGGAUGGUACAUGGCAACGGCGAGGCCAUGCAAGUCAUCAUGGAGUUAUAUCAGCCAUCUCUGUUGAUACUGGUAAGUGUGUUGAUGUGGAAGUCCUCUCCAAUAUUUGCAAAGGAUGCCAGCAUUGGGAAAAUGCUGAUAAGAAUUCUGAUAAGUAUUUGCGAUGGAAGGCAGAUCACAAGUGUUCCAGCAAUCAUGUUGGCUCUGCUGGCGCAAUGGAGUCGGUGGGUGCAUUGCGCAUAUUUACCAGGUCUGAAACAACACGAGACCUCCGAUAUACCAAGUAUCUUGGUGAUGGUGACUCAUCUUCCUUCAAGACUGUGUCAGAAAGCAAGCCAUAUGAAGAUGUUGACAUUGAAAAACUUGAGUGUGUUGGACAUAUCCAGAAACGGGUUUGGCACUCGUCUUCGAAAUCUUCGUAA